AUGGUGUUAAGAUUUCGUAUAACACAUGGUGUUGGCUAUUUUCCAGCGAAACUCCGUAACCCCACACUUUUGCUCGUACUUUACCCUUCCCUCUCGGACAUACAGAAUCCGGAAUUUCCGGACUGGCCUGCAUCCGUACAUUUUUUGGUUGGUCGGGCUCUGUACAGUCUGAUCUAUGACCGUGUCCGAUUCAAUCGCAACGAACCGGUUCGAAUCCGCCAAACAACCACAGUCUCCUCAUCAAGCAAGGAACAGGCACAGCAGCGGUUUCAUUCGGACAGUGCUGCCCCACGAUCAGAGGAAGCACCUGCUCUGUUCGAAGUAUGCACUGAAUAUCCGGGAGAACUGCGCAACGAGGUUAAGAUUCACCCUGCUCUGUUAAACUGGUAUCGUGAUGCGAAUUACCCACCGCUGAGCUUUCAUCCAGCUGAAUUACCGAUGCUCUGCCCGCCCGUCCCUUGGACCAGCACAAAAGAUGCCGGUUAUUUGAUGUCUCGCAACUAUGCAACACGACUUAUUCGGCAUUCGAACAACUAUCCGGAAUCCAUUCCCGUCCUGAAUGAUGAUCUGGAUUUUGACUCGAAACGUAUCCCGGCUAUUUUCGAUGCAUUGAACUGCUUAGCCUCCUGUCCGUGGCGUGUAAAUGAACCAAUCCUCGAUGGUCUCAUCGAGGUUGCACGUGCUGGAGGCAGUCGCAAAUUAGGCGUGCCGGAACGUGUGUCCCGUAACCCGUCCGAAUCGUUGUGCAUAACAAAGUCGAUGAGCUAUGAGGAACGUCGUAGAGCCCGUCGAGCAAGCCGUGAAGCAUGGCUACGGUUCAAUGAGGCGAGGUCGUUGUGGGCCAACGAAUUAUAUCGAUUGUCCAUUGCAAAUCAGUAUCGUGGGCGCGUGUUUUGGUUCCCGCACAGCAUGGACUUUCGUGGUCGUGUCUAUCCUUGUCCGCCCCAUUUCCAUCACAUGGGUAGUGACAUUUCUCGUGGAUUAAUAGUAUUUGCAAAAGGUAUGCCUCUUGGUCCAAAAGGAUUGGAUUGGCUAAAGAUUCAUUUGGUCAACUUAACUGGAUUGAAGAAAAGAUGCUCCAAUAAUGAACGUCUCGAAUUCGCAAACACCAUUUUGGACGAUGUUCUAGAUUCUGCCAUUAAUCCUUUCGAGGGUCGUAAAUGGUGGCAAGAGCAAGAAGAACCAUGGCAAACAUUAGCUUGCUGUCAGGAGAUCCUCAGAGCGUUGAAUCAUGAGGGGGGUCCGGAAUCGUUCAUCUCACAUUUCCCGGUACACCAGGAUGGCUCGUGCAACGGGUUACAACACUAUGCCGCUCUGGGUCGCGAUCGCCGCGGUGCGGAAUCGGUUAAUCUGACGAACAAGGAUUGUCCACAAGACGUUUACGGCGAUGUGGUCGAAGUGGUUGAGGCUCAGCGACGUGAAGAUGCUGCUGCCGGAGUCCCAGUUGCCCAGAUAUUGGAAAACUUUGUUCGGCGUAAAGUGAUUAAACAGUCCGUGAUGACCACCGUCUAUGGUGUGACACUAUACGGCGCCUCGGAACAGAUUCGGAAACAACUCCGAGACUUGAAUGAUUUUCCAGGACGCGAUUGGAUCGGACCGGCCGCAUCUUAUCUAGCCCGAUCUACGUUGACCAGUAUCGGGCGUAUUUUCACAUCAUCUGCCGAGAUUCAGGCUUGGUUCGGACAGCUUGCUCAACACAUUUCCGGUCAGUUACUCAGCCGCGUGAGCUGGGAAACACCCAUGGGUCUUCCUGUCACACAGCCUUACAUUCGGCUAUCAGGAUCAACAUUAUACUCCAGUGAUGCAGAUGACCACCCUGGUGUUCCUGAUUUAUCAUCCAAAGUUACCUUGCCCAUACACACAAGAGACUUUUCUCAGUCCAUCUCCCAACUGGAUGUACCGGUUCCCAAUCCGAUCAAACAAAAGAACGCAUUCCCGCCCAAUUUCAUUCAUUCGCUGGACUCUUGUCACAUGAUGCUUACCGCACUGCAUUGUCUCAAGGCCGGAAUCACAUUUGCCUCUGUGCAUGACUGCUUCUGGACCCACGCAGCGACUGUGGACGUAAUGAAUGAGAUCUGCCGAGAAGAGUUUAUUGCUCUGCACAGUGAACCAAUUUUGCAAAAUUUUGCUGAUUAUCUACGCCAGAGGUUUGCCUACUCUCAGAGUGAGAUUGCCAACAUGACCUCGGAGACCAGACGGGCCAGAGCAAUGGCAUUCAAUCAGCUUCUGAGUCACGUGCCCAAACAAGGUUUAUUCGAUCUCAGCGAGGUGCGUAAUUCAACCUAUUUCUUCAGCUAG